UGAAGCGGCAUUCGGAUUUUCUGCAAAAAGAUCAAGGAAAUGCAAACACAUCGUGGUUUAUCUCCAUUUCUCCCCAUUCAGUUCACCUCUCUCUCUCUCUCUCUCUGUCUCUCUCUCUCUCUCUCUCCUUCUCUCUCUUCUCUGAACGUGGAGACAGCCCUAGCGCGCCAUAGCACACACCGUGAAUACUUCGCACGAUGCAUUGCUCAAUUUCCGGCGAGUUGCCGGAUGAACCCGUCUUAUCCAAGAAAUCCGGCCUCCUCUUCGAGAAGCACUUAAUUGAGCUCUUCAUUUUGGAUCAUGGAAAAUGUCCAGUUACUGAAGAGCCCUUGACAAUGGAUGAUAUCAUUCCCAUCAAGACUGGAAAGUUAUGCACUUUCAAAAGUGCGAUUAAGUACUGAUUCAUAUUUGACCCUUUGGGUCUCCGCUUCAAGAAUAGCAAAGCCUCGACCGGUGCAGGCUGCAAGUAUUCCUGGGAUGCUUGGAAUGUUUCAGAUUGAAUGGGAUGGUUUAAUGCUAUCUAAUUACGCACUGGACCAGCAGUUGCAUAGUGCUAGCCCUAGGCAGGAGCUAAGUCAUGCCCUAUAUCAGUAUGAUGCUGCUUGUCAUGUUGCAAGGAUGAAGAAGGAAAGGGAUGAAGCAAGAGUAUUACUGGCCCAAGCUGAAAGACGGAUACCGGCAUCAGUGGAAGUACCAAAUACAGUGAAUGCUGUAGCUAUAAGCAAUGGGAAAAGAGGAGCUGAGGAUGAUGAGCUUGGUCCAAAUGCAAAAAGAAUGCAUCCUGGAAUCUCAACUAGCAUCAUUUCUGAGCUGGCAGAUUAUAAUGCUUUACUUUCACAACAAAGGAAAAAGAGACAGAUACCUUCAACAUUGGCUCCUAUUGAUGCUGUGGAAAGAUACACUCAAUUAACUGUAAAUCCUCUUCAUAAAACCAACAAGCCUGGCAUAUUGUCUCUAGACAUCCAGUAUUCCAAGAAACGUGUUGCACUCACCAACUUCUCGAAUAAAUGCACAAGAAGUGGAACCCUAAUUCCUGGAAGAGAUCAGCUUAUAUAGAGGAGAAAGCAAAGACUCCUACUUAGAUAGGGACUCAUUAUGGAGUAGCUUUCAAGUCAAUCCAACAGAUAUCAAAAGAUCUCUUCGAAAAUAUCUCUGAUCAUAAAGCUAUAUCUUCAAAAAUGUCAGGCAAGUGUUGCAAAAUUUGAUGAGCAUAUUGGUGCUGUAACUGCCAUUUCAUUUUCAGAGAAUGGCUACGUCCUGGCACUCAAGAUAGUGUUAAGCUUUGGGAUCUUCGCAAAUUGAGAAGUUUUAAGACACUUGCUCCUUAUGAUGAGAAUACGUCGCCUAUACAUUCAGUGGAGUUUGACAACAGUGGAAGUUACCUUGCACUAGAAGGCUCAGAUACAAGUAGUCAUUUUCAGAUACUGAGCCUUUGAUUUUGCUUAAACUCCCUAUCUCCUCAGCUCCCAAACAAUGAAAAGGAAAAACAUUUUGCACACCUCGUUCUUCUCUUCCACUCAUCUUUAUUGUGAUUGUCAGUCAUUUUCUUCAUGAUUUAUUGCAGAUUAUAUCAAGUCGCCAAUAAGAAAUCUGAAUGAAACUGCAUCAAAACAUUUCCCGACUUAUCUGGCACAGGUUAGACAAUCUGCCCUUCUAUGCUUUCUGCACAUAUAUGCUUUUGAGUGCGGCAAUAUGCUCUCGUCAUGCACGAAACUUUUGCUGCUUUCUUGUGUUUACAUUACAAAACCUCUCUGUAAAAUUUGCUCAUAAUAUUUCCUUUGAUGGCUAUGACGUCAAUGCAUUGUGUGAAAUUUGGCGAAGAUGCAAAAUAGUAUAUAGCUGUUGGAUCAAUGGAUCAGAACCUCAGAAUAUUCUUGAGCGGGUAUCUUUAGUGCAAAUCUAUUAUCUUGUAGAUAUAAAAUUUAAUCGCCAUUUAAUUUCAAUGGCUAUCUGCGGUGAAAGAAGUGAGCUGUGAUAAUUUCUCUGUAAUUUGUAUGUUUCUGGUUCAACUAUCGAAAGUCGAAUACUGGAUAUUUCAUAUUUGGGGUGAACAAUAUUGGGGGAGUUAAUUUUUUGUAUCAUGUUUCAUCGAGGAUAGGCAAAUUAUAAUAGUAUAUCAUUUCAAGGGAAUUACAUGUGUCGAAAUGCUAUUUGAUUUUUUAAAAUAUGAAUUACUUGUUGAAAAUA